CAGCGCUUGUUCGAUCCACAUGAUGUGUUGUUGAACUCGCUAACUCUUAUUGUAAAUUCAUACUUACAGAGCAAUAUGAACGUCCAAGUGGCUCAGAAUCUCGCCACGGCCGGUGUGGGUGCCGUGAGCGUCUACUUCUUGCGAGAGUGGUUCAAGGGCGGAGUAUGCACCAGUCAAGCUCGAAUGGACGGUCAGACCGUGGUCAUCACGGGCUGCAAUGUCGGAAUUGGCAAGGAAACCGCUUUGGAUCUCAGCCAACGAGGAGCCAAGGUGGUGAUGGCCUGUCGAAAUCUUGAGCUGGCCCACAAGGCGGCCGAUGAUAUCCGUCAAGCCACGCAAGGAAACGUGGUGGUCUAUCAAUGUGAUUUGGCCAAUCUCAAGUCCGUGCGGCGGUUCGCCCAAGAGGUGAACGAAAAAGAAGAGCGCAUCGACGUCCUCAUCAAUAACGCCGGCGUCAUGAUGUGUCCGUAUUCGAAGACGGAAGAUGGUUUCGAGAUGCAGAUUGGCACCAACCACUUGGGGCAUUUUCUACUCACCAACCUGCUUUUGGAUAAGAUCAAGGCCUCGGCUCCGGCUAGGAUCGUCCACGUGUCUUCUCGUGCUCAUGAGCGAGGUCAAAUGGACUUGGACGAUCUUCAAUGGGAAAAGAAGAAAUAUAACAGCAUGAACGCCUACGGCCAAUCCAAAUUGGCCAAUGUUCUGUUCUCCAAUGAACUAGCUCGUCGAUUGCACGGAACGGGCGUCACUUCCAACUCACUCCAUCCAGGUGUGGUGAAAACUGAACUGGGACGACAUAUUGAGGCGGCCAUUGGACCCUUGAAGUAUCUACUCUACUUCUUUGUGUUCUUCUUCAUGAAAAACGCCAAGGAAGGGGCCCAAACUUCGAUCCAUUGUGCCGUGGAGGAGACUUUGAAGGAGGAGAGCGGAAAAUACUUUUCGGAUUGCAAAGAAAAAGAGGCUCAACCCCUAGCCAAAGAUGAGGGCUUGGCCAAGAGACUCUGGGAGCUAUCAUCCAAAUUGGUCAACCUCAACGAGAGCUAAUCUCUUUGACUAGGUUGUCAUAUAAAGAUCCACAGACAUAUAGACAUACAUUAUGAGAUUACAUAGUCUUUUUUUUUAAGAAUUUCUUAUAACCAUCGAUCGGGAUUUUGUUUUUCAAUAAAGGCAUUACUUUUCAUCAUGGA